AUGGUGUGGAACCUCCAAAUGCACCGGCGCACAAAGAUCCUUGUUGUGGGUGUCAUGAGCUUGGGAUGGAUUGCGACUGGCGUUUCAAUUGGCCGGUUCAUAGUCUACUACUAUCGCUUUGCGCCCACGAACAAGGACCGCACAUGGGACAUUGGUAUUGCCAUCAGCAUUGCCGAACCUGCUGUGCAUAUCAUGACGGCAUGCGCGCCCGCUACAAAGUGCCUUUUCCGAUACCUGUUCCCACAGUACGGCACCGGUCGGUUCACCUCGUACUAUGAGGAUCGCACCGCCACCACGACCCGACCAGGCAAGUUCGCAUCACGAGGAUCUCGGAUAUUCAACUUUAGAUUAUCCGACAAUCAAGGUGAUAGUGAUAACAUAAUGGAGCUGGGGGGCGCACCAAAGACUGAUCCGCUCCCACGCGAUACGGCCAGCGAAGGCGGGUACGACUUGAAGGGGAAGGAGAGUUUUGAUUCAAAAGACAUACACGAAACCUCUGAAGAGGCUGGAAAGAGGACUCGUUCCAAGACUGCGUGUACUGAAGGCUACAAGUCGUACGCUGUGCGUACGGUCAUCUCCGGCUGGGAUGAGAGCUUCAACUCAAUCACGGGACUCAACGGAUCCGGAAAGUCGAACAUUCUCGAUUCAAUAUGUUUCGUGCUUGGAAUCAACAACUUGAGUGUUGUACGAGCGCAGAACUUGCAGGAUCUCAUCUACAAGCGUGGUCAAGCGGGCGUCACGAAAGCGAGCGUAACCAUCGUAUUCGACAACCGCGACAAGACGAAGAGCCCGGUCGGCUUCGAGGAGCAUGCGCAGAUAUCGGUAACGAGGCAGAUUGUGCUAGGCGGAGCGAGCAAAUAUCUCAUCAAUGGACAUCGUGCGCAGCAACAGAGCAUACAGAAUCUGUUCCAGUCUGUGCAGCUCAACAUCAACAAUCCCAAUUUCAUGAUCGCUCAGGGAAAGGUUAUGCAGGUGCUGAACAUGAAGGCCAAGGAGAUUCUGGCUAUGCUUGAAGAAGCUGCGGGCACGCGCAUGUUUGAGGACAGGCGAGACAAGGCCUACAAAACCAUGGCGAAGAAGGAGAUGAAGGUGCAGGAGAUUACGGAGCUGCUACGAGACGAAAUCGACCCAAAGCUCGAGAAAUUGCGGACUGAGAAGCGUGCAUUCUUGGAGUUCCAGCAAACGCAAAGCGAACUAGAGCGCCUCACCAAACUAGUGGUUGCAUACGACUACAUACGGUACAACCAGAGGCUACAACAAUCCGCAGAGGAUCUCGAGGCGAAGAAGCAGAGGGCAAGGGACCUUGAAGAGUCUUCUGUGCGCAUGAAGAAGGAGAUUGAGAAUCUCCAGGAAGAUAUCAAACAGACCAAGGCGACCCGGGAAAAGGAACUUCGUAAGGGUGGCAAGUUCCAAGCACUCGAAGAGGAGGUCAAGACGCAUUCGCACGAGAUCGUCCGUCUGACGACUGUGCUAGACCUCAAGAAGACCAAUAUGGAGGAGGAGGCUGACCGUGAGAAGGGCAUUGUGAAGAGCGUAAAGGAACUGGAGAAGCUACUCCAGGAGAAGAAGAAGACGUACGAGAAACUACAAGAGAAAUACCAGACUGCUCACGCUGAAUUGGCAAAGCAAACAGAAGAGGUGGAGAAGAAGGAAGAACUUCUUCAGACACUACAAACCGGUGUAGCGUCGAAAGAAGGCCAAGAAGGUGGUUACCAAGGUCAACUGCAGGACGCCCGAAACCGCGCAAGUGCAGCCGCCACCGAACAGGAGCAGAGCAAACUUAGGAUAUCACAUCUUGAAAAGCAAAUCAAGGAGGAUGAGCCGAAGGCGAAGAAGGCAAAAGAGCAAAACUCCGGCCUACUCAAGGAUCUCGAAGCGUUGAAGUCACAGGCCAAGAAGCUGGAGGCAGACUUGGCAAAGCUAGGCUACAAUGAAGGUCAAGAAGCGGACAUGUACCAGCAAGAGUCACACUUGCAGGCUCGUAUACGGGAACUCAGACAACAAGCCGACGGGAUGAGGCGACAGGUCGCGAACAUCGACUUCAGCUACAGCGAUCCGACGCCCAACUUUGAUAGAUCCCGCGUGAAAGGUCUGGUUGCCCAGCUAUUCACUCUCGAGAAGGAGCACACUCGCGCAGGUACAGCUCUUGAGAUCUGUGCAGGAGGCCGCUUGUACAAUGUCGUAGUCGACUCAGCUGUUACUGGCAAGCAGUUGCUGGAGAAUGGAAGACUGAAGAAGCGGGUCACCAUCAUCCCGUUGAACAAGAUUGCCGCGUUCAAGGCCUCAGCAGAAAAGAUCGGAGCUGCCCAAAAGAUUGCUCCUGGAAAGGUUGAGUUAGCUCUUUCACUGAUCGGCUACGAGCAUGAGGUCAACGCGGCUAUGGAGUAUGUCUUCGGCUCAACUCUCGUCUGUGAAGACGCUGAGACCGCUAAGCGCGUGACAUUCGAUCCAGCAGUGCGCAUGAAGAGUGUCACCUUGCAAGGUGAUACAUAUGAUCCUGCGGGUGUCUUGUCUGGUGGUAGUGCACCCCAAUCUAGCGGGGUGCUCAUCACGCUACAGAAGCUCAAUGAGAUUACGACAGAGUUGCGCUCGCAAGAGAAUCAGCUCCAGUCAUUGCAGGACACAAUGGCCAAGGAGAAGAAAAAGCUGGACGCAGCACGCAAAUCAAAGCAGGAGCUUGACCUCAAGAGGCACGAGAUCAAGCUUACCGAAGAGCAAAUCAGUGGCAACUCUUCUUCAUCAAUUAUCCAAGCUGUAGAGGAGAUGAAGCAAACUAUUGCGCAGCUGAAGGAAGACGUCAAGGCCGCGAAAACACGACAAGACGAAGCGAACAAGGACGCCAAACGCAUCGAACGUGACAUGAGCGAAUUCAGCAACAACAAAGACAGUAAACUGGCGGAACUUCAGUCAUCACUCGAGAAGCUGAAGAAGGCUUUGACGAAGAACAACGCAUCUAUCAAGCCUCUGCAAUCCGAGAUGCGUGAAGCUAUGGUUGAGUCUGAGCAGUGCGGAAGCGACCUUGCGGCUGCACAAGAACAGCUCGAAGAAGUUCAGACUACGCUGAAGUCGCAACAAGAAGAAAUCAAUGAACUGUUGGCAGAGCAAACACGGGUCAAGGAUGCACACGAUGUGGCGCAAGCCCAGCUAAGCGACGAACAAGCAAAGCUAACUGGCUUCGACGAAGAGCUGCGUUCGCUGGAAGAUGCCAUCAGAUCGAAGAACUCGUCAAUUACAGAAAGUGGUCUAGAGCAACAGAAGCUAGGCCACGAAAUUGAGAGGUUCGGCAAGGAGCAAGAGGGUGCGGCGAGCCACGUCAAGUCUCUUGAGAAGGAGUACGACUUCAUCGCCAGCGACUCUGAGCUAUUUGGGCGGGCUGGAACCGUAUACGACUUCAACGGCGUGAACAUGGCGGACGCCAAGACGAGGCGGAAGUCACUGGAAGAGCACUUCCAGCAGAAGAAAAACAAGAUCAACCCCAAGGUAAUGGCGAUGAUCGAUAAUGUUGAGAAGAAGGAAGCAAGUCUCAAGAAGAACAUGUCCACCGUUAUUCGCGACAAGUCGAAGAUCGAGGAGACUAUUCUGAAGUUGGACGAGUAUAAGAAGGAGGCGCUACACAAGACUUGGACGAUCGUGAACCGUGAUUUCGGUCAGAUUUUCAACGAGCUGUUGCCUGGAAGUUUUGCGAAGCUUGACCCGCCAGAAGGCAAGACGAUUUCCGACGGUUUGGAAGUCAAGGUCAUGCUGGGCAAGGUGUGGAAGCAGUCCUUGACAGAACUCAGUGGUGGACAACGAUCUCUCAUCGCUCUAUCCCUCAUCAUGGCUUUACUGCAGUUCAAGCCCGCGCCCAUGUACAUCCUGGAUGAGGUCGACGCCGCGCUAGAUUUGUCGCACACCCAAAAUAUUGGUCGCCUCUUCAAGACGAGAUUCAAGGGUUCGCAAUUCAUCGUCGUUAGUCUAAAGGACGGCAUGUUCCAAAACGCGAACCGUAUUUUCCGCACACGGUUUGUUGAUGGUACCAGUGUGGUGCAAGCGACAUCUGGGUCGGAUCGCUAG